UUGUGUAAACAACAAAUCAACUAAUCAAGUAUCAGUUUAGCAAAUUUAGAUCACUGUUUUUCUCCCUUCCAUUUUUUUUUUCAACUUUGAUGCUAGAUCUCUUUAAACCGGGAAAAAAAACAAAGAAAAAAAAACCCUCUAAUAAACUCCACUAGAAAACCCUCAUUAACAUCAAAUUAACAAACACCCAACAACAUCAACUCACUCACUUUUAUCAAACUUAGUCAAAUUUUGCAGAAUUCCCAAAUUUGAUUUUCUGGGUUGUAUUCUGGUUAAGUGGGUAAGAUGGCGGAUCUAAAUUUGGAGUUACAGGAAUCUGGGUGGGAAGAGCUUCGAAAAGAAGCUCGGAAGAUUGAAGGUGAUCUUGAUGUUAAGCUUUCUUCUUAUGCUAAACUUGGUGCACGUUUUAGCCAAGGUUACAUGGAUACUGGAUCCCCAACAGUGAGCUCGAGCAGGUCAUGGAAGUCUAUGGAAAUGGAAAUACAGUCUUUAAUUGAGAAGCUAGUAGAUAUAAAUGAUUCAAUGAGCAGAUGCGCUGCAUCUGCUACUCCGGCUACAUCAGUUACUCAAAAACUGGCAAGACACAGAGACAUACUUCAUGAGUUUACCCAGGAAUUCAGGCGUAUCAAGGGAAAUAUAAGUUCAAUGAAGGAACACGCAGAGCUCCUUAGUUCUGUGAGAGAUGACAUUAGCGAGUACAAGGCAUCAGGGACUAUGUCUCCUAAGAUGCAGCUGCUACGAGAAAGAGGUGCAAUUCAUGGAAGCAUAUCUCAUAUAGACGAGGUAAUAAAUCAAGCUCAGGCAACUAGAUCAGUCUUGGGUUCUCAGAGGGCAUUGUUUGGCGAUGUUGGAGGAAAAGUUAAAGUUCUAAGCGAGAAAUUUCCUGUCAUCCGUGGCCUUCUUGGUUCAAUUAGAAGGAAGCGCUCCAGGGAUACGCUUAUUCUCUCUGCUGUCAUCGCGGCUUGUACUUUGUUCCUUAUUAUCUACUGGCUCUCAAAAUGACAGUAACAGUACCGGAAAAGGAAAAACUCUUACUAUAAUCAUCUGCAGAUUUUUUUUUGUUUCUGUAAUUUGCUGGUAAUAUAUAGGACAGUGAACCCUUACAAUUGCAAUAUAUGAGUGGGAAUUGCCCAACAGAAGAGGUUCUUUCUGCUUUUCCCUUUUUAUUUUUCUCUUUUCUUUUGCCCUAAUUGUCUUGCAUAUGGGGAAAAGAGCAGAAACUUGUGAGUGUAAUUUUGGUUUAAAUGAUCACCUCUCAUUUGCUAUGGUGUAAAGAAGCUCUCUGGUAUAAUAGCAAUUCAAAAGCUUUGAAUUA